CAGCCAAUCAGAGCCGCCCCUCGCGCGCAUCCCGGAAGUGUUGCUCCGUUAGAGUCACGCGGGUUUUGAAAGAAACAAAGUUCACUUAAAAAUAAAAACACCAAAGCAGCGCCAGGUGAGACUCUAGACCUGGUUUAGUCCUGGUUUAGUCCCAAUCUCACACUAGUGACGUCAGUACGUGUGAUCUGAACAGACCCAGAACCAGAACUAAACCAGGACUAAACCAGAACUAGACCAGGACUAGACCGGGUCUAGACCAGGACUAGACCGGGACUGAACCAGGACUAGACCAGGUGUGAGGAUGAGUUGGGGUGAGGGGGCGGGGUUUGAGGGGGAGGGGGCGGGGCUGGUGUGGAGUGUGCAGGAGCUUCGUGCAGUGAGAGAGUUCGGCCUCAUGGGGGCGCUCGUGGGCUGCCUCCCCCGAGCCCCUCGACAGAACAACCGCCUGGGACGACCCCUGCUCCUGCUCCCCGAGGAACGACGAACGAACGACAACGAGAAGAACGACAAGAACGACAACGAGAAGAACGACAAGAAGGAGAAGAACGACAAGAACGACAAGAACGAGAAGAACGACGAGAACGAGAAGAACGACAAGAACGACAACGAGAAGGAACGACAAGAACGACAACGAGAACGACAACGAGAAGAACGACGAGAACGAGAAGAACGACAACGAGAAGAACGACAAGAACAACGAGAACGAGAAGAACGACAAGAAGAAGCAGAGGAAGGAGAGCGCCCCCUACUGUCACUGACGGAGGAGAGAGAGGAACAAGGGAGCGAGGAACGAGGGAAGGAGACAGAGGAGAGAGGAGAAGAGGAGGAGGAGGAGGAGGGGGGGCGGAGAGAGACUCAGGUGCAGCGGUGGGAGGAGUUUCUGGAGCAGAGUCUGGAGGAGCAGAGACGAUUGGCUCUGGAGGACAGGAAGUGUGUGAUGAUGUCAUCACUGUCAGGUGCGGCCCUGACCUCUGCGGCGGCGGCGCUCGACAGCUUCGUGUUCCCGCGCUCGGCGCUCGCCGUGCAGCUCAGCACCUGCAGACAGGGCCUGCCCCUGCCGCCCGUCAGGAGGCGGCGCGGGAGCUCCGAGCCGAAGGGAGAGCGGCGCCGCGGCGGCGAGGGGCGGGGCCGAGUGUUCGCCGACCUGAGGAGGCGGGGCUUCUACCUCACGGCGGGAGGGAAGUUCGGAGUCGACUUCUUGGUUUACCCAGGGGACGCUCUCCGCUUCCACGCUCACUUCAUGGCUCUGUGUGUGAGCGAGGGGGACCCUCUCGCCGUGAGGGACCUUCUGUCCUGGGUCAGACUCUCGUCCAACGUCAAGAAGACUCUGCUGCUGUGCUCGCCCUCGCCACCAGGGGGCGUGUCCUACAGCUCGCUGCAGUGGAGCAGCAUGAGCUGAAGGGGGCGCCGCAAACACAGGCGGGAAUCAAACCUCACACCUUCUGACUGUGGGGAGGAUGUUAACCACUCUGCCGCUGCACCGAGCUGGGAGGGGUUCUGAGCCUGACAUAAACUCUGCCCAGUCUCCAAAGCAACAUUGGCGGGGCACCUCCUCUCGCUCUUAUCUUCCCUCAGGACCCGGCGCACUUCCUUUCCCGCCAUCUUUGCUCCUUUCGUGCAGGUGAACGAGCCUGAAGUCUGUAACAAUGCCUGGAAGGUGAGUCUGGAUCGUUGUUUUUGUUUCAGAUCGAGCCCGAGGUGCAGAUCUGCAGCCUCGCUUCUGCCGGUCUGUCCCGGGGCGGCUGUGGCUCCUGCAGUGUCGUGUGCCGGAGUGUUUGGAGUGAAUGUUUAAGAUUUAAAGAGUGUUCGAGGUGAUGAGGAGUGAUCUCUGUUUCAUUCGUUUUUCAAUAUAAAACGAAAAAACUAUUUUCUUCAUUAUUUGUCUCCAAAACCAAAAUGAAAAAAAACAAACAAUGAUUCAUUUGUUUUCAAUUUUCGAUUGUAUGUUUUAAAUGAAAAAUGGUAAAAAACCAAAACAAAACAGAUAAU